CCCGGAAGCACCGAAUAGGAACCAAGAUGGCUGAUGUGGCUUCUCUUCCGAAGUCCGGAGCGCCUCCGCCGCCCGAGGGGGUGGGAGGAGGCGGCUGUUCUGAAAUCUCUACCGAGCUCAUUCGUUCCCUGACCGACCUGCAGGAGCUGGAGGCUGUGUACGAACGGCUCUGCGGCGAGGAGAAAGUGGUGGAAAAAGAGCUGGAUGAUCUUUUGGAACAGCAAAACACUAUUGAAAAUAAGAUGGUCACUCUCCACCGAAUGGGUCCCAAUCUGCAGCUGAUUGAGGGAGAUGCUAAGCAGCUGGCUGGAAUGAUCACCUUUACCUGCAACCUAGCUGAAAAUGUGUCCAGCAAAGUCCGUCAACUUGACCUGGCCAAGAACCGUCUCUAUCAGGCCAUUCAGAGAGCUGAUGACAUCUUGGACCUGAAAUUCUGCAUGGAUGGAGUUCAGACUGCUUUAAGGAAUGAAGAUUAUGAGCAGGCUGCAGCCCACAUUCAUCGAUACUUGUGCCUAGAUAAGUCAGUCAUUGAGCUCAGCCGACAAGGCAAAGAAGGAAGCAUAAUUGAUGCCAACCUGAAAUUACUGCAAGAAGCUGAGCAACGUCUCAAAGCUAUUGUAGCAGAAAAAUUUGCCAUAGCUACCAAGGAAGGGGAUUUGCCCCAGGUGGAACGUUUCUUCAAGAUCUUCCCACUGUUGGGUUUGCAUGAAGAGGGAUUAAGCAAAUUCUCAGAAUACCUCUGCAAGCAGGUAGCCAGUAAAGCUGAGGAGAACUUACUGUUGGUGCUAGAGUCGGAUAUGAGUGACCGAAGAGCUGCAGUCAUCUUUGCAGACACACUCACUCUCCUGUUUGAAGGAAUUGCCCGCAUUGUGGAGACUCACCAACCCAUAGUGGAGACCUAUUAUGGACCCGGGAAACUUUAUACCCUAAUCAAAUAUCUUCAAGUGGAGUGUGACAGACAGGUGGAGAAGGUGGUAGACAAGUUCAUCAAGCAGAGGGAUUACCACCAGCAGUUUCGACUUGUCCAGAGCAACUUGAGAAAUCCUUCAACAGAAAAAAUUGAACCAAGGGAACUGGACCCCAUCCUUACUGAAGUCACUCUAAUGAAUGCCCGCAGUGAGCUAUACUUACGCUUCCUCAGGAAGAGAAUCAGCUCAGAUUUUGAGGUGGGGGACUCCAUGGCCUCCGAAGAAGUAAAGCAAGAGCACCAGAAGUGCCUGGACAAACUGCUCAAUAAUUGCCUACUGAAUUGUACCAUGCAAGAGCUAAUUGGCUUAUAUAUUACCAUGGAAGAGUACUUCAUGAGGGAGACUGUUAAUAAGGCUGUGGCCCUGGAUACCUAUGAGAAGGGCCAGUUGACAUCCAGCAUGGUGGAUGAUGUCUUCUACAUCAUUAAGAAGUGCAUUGGGCGGGCUCUCUCCAGCUCUAGCAUCGACUGUCUCUGUGCUAUGAUCAACCUCGCCACCACUGAACUGGAGGAUUACUUCAAGAAUGUUCUGCAUAACAAGCUACGGAUGGGCUUCCCAGCCACCACCUUACAGGACAUCCAGCGCGGGGUGACCAGUGCUGUGAACAUCAUGCACAGCAGCCUUCAGCAGGGAAAAUUUGACACCAAAGGCAUCGAGAGCACUGACGAGGCCAAACUGUCCUUCCUGGUGACUCUGAACAACGUGGAAGUCUGCAGUGAAAACAUCUCCACUCUCAAGAAGACUCUGGAGAGUGACUGCACCAAGCUCUUCAGCCAGGGCAUUGGAGGAGAGCAGGCUCAGGCCAAGUUUGACAGCUGCCUUUCUGAGUUGGCUGCAGUGUCCAACAAAUUCCGAGACCUUUUGCAGGAAGGGCUGACGGAGCUCAACACCACAGCAGUCAAGCCACAGGUUCAGCCUUGGAUCAACACCUUUCUCUCCGUCUCUCAUAACAUCGAGGAGGAAGAAUUCAAUGACUAUGAGGCCAAUGACCCCUGGGUACAGCAAUUCAUCCUAAACCUGGAGCAGCAAAUGGCAGAAUUCAAGGCCAACCUGUCUCCAGUCAUCUAUGACAGCCUGACCGGCCUCAUGACGAGCCUUGUCGCCGUCGAGCUGGAGAAAGUGGUGCUGAAAUCCACCUUCAAUCGGCUGGGUGGUCUGCAGUUUGACAAGGAGCUGAGGUCACUCAUUGCUUAUCUGACAACUGUGACAACUUGGACUAUCCGAGACAAGUUUGCCCGGCUUUCCCAGAUGGCUACGAUCCUCAAUCUGGAGCGGGUGACAGAGAUUCUAGAUUACUGGGGUGCCAACUCUGGCCCUUUGACUUGGCGCCUCACUCCUGCUGAAGUGCGCCAAGUGCUGGCUCUGCGCAUAGAUUUCCGCAGUGAGGACAUUAAGAGGCUGCGCCUGUAGAUGAUAGGGGGAGUCCACCUGGCCCUUCAAACCUCAGGGCCUACUCCCUGAGUAGCUGCAGACAAACAGGUGAGCUGACAGCACAGACUGUACCACUGCCGAGAGCCAGAAACAAGGCCUGGCCACCCUCAGACCUGACUGGGUGGGACUUUAGAACAACCUGUCCCCAUUGAGAGAAGUGGGAGAGCCAGAGCAGACAGCAGACAGCCGUCAGCGUCCCAGCCACUGGGCCUUCUCACUCUCACACUACAGCAAUGGCACUGCCCCUGCCAGCCUUGGAGAGCAUCCGGGGACUUGGGAAUUGGGUUUCACUUCAAGGCAAGGUUGAUGCUAAUGAAUAAACAUCAGAAUAAGACA